GAGGUUGCGCGGGGGGGGUGGUGGUGGUUUUGGAUCGAUUAAUCGAUUAUUGAAAGGGGGAAUGCAGCGAUGAUCACCAUGGGAGAUCUAACCGGGCUUGGGAUCACCGCCUACGAGCGGUAGGACCGGCGGGAACAUGGCGGAGAGGCUGGAAUGGGUGGAAAUCAUCGAGCCUCGAACUCGGGAGCGCAUGUACGCCAACCUCAUCACCGGGGAGUGCGUCUGGGACCCCCCGGCUGGGGUGAGGAUCAAACGCACCAACGAGAACCAGUGGUGGGAGCUCUUUGACCCCAACACCUCCCGCUUCUACUACUACAAUGCCACCACCCAGAGGACCGUGUGGCACCGGCCGCAGAACUGCGACAUCAUCCCCCUGGCCAAACUGCAGACCCUGAAGCAGAACACAGAGUCGCCGCGGGCUUCCACGGAGAACAGCCCCGGCAGGAGCAGCAAUGUCAGCAGGGAGGGCAGCACCAGCUCCUCCUUGGAGCAGGAGCUGGAGGGCAGCGAGAAGGUCCAGGAGCAGAGGUCGAGUCGCCAGCCAAGCCAGUACGCCGUGGUCAAAGAGGAAACGGAAAGCUCAUCGCCCUCUGGAGUGUUUGAGAAAGACUACGACAUCUAUCGGGACUACACUGCAGAAGGUCAACUCCUCCACUACAGGACGUCCUCGCUGCGGUGGAACGCCGGCACCAAGGAGCGGAUGCUGAUCAAGGUGACAGAUCGCGAGCCCAGCUUCCUGCUGCACCAGGGCAACGGCUACGCGCCCGAGAACCCGCCGGGCACCCGCUCUCGGCGGCCCUCCGGGGGCCAGCAGUCACCCAACCUCCAAACCUUCACCCCGGAGGCCGACAACUCUGUGUUCUUCCCAGAGAGGAAACCAUCACCCUUCCUGAAGAGAGCUGAGCACGUUGGGAGCUGCUCGCCCCUCCUUGGCCGAGGAGACACCUUCUGCUCUCCUCUGCAAACCCAACACCGCAAACACUCCAGCGAGUCCCAGCCCUCCUCUCCCCGCUAUGCCUACGAGCCUCCCCUCUACGAAGAACCUCCCAUGGAGUACCAAGCUCCCAUCUAUGAUGAACCCCCCGUGGACAUGCAGUAUGAAGCCAGUGGAAGCUACAAAGCUGGUUCGCCACAGAAGUCACCCAUCAGGAAGCCUCAUCCUUUCCUCCAGUCACCCAAACAAAGCUCCAACUCCCCCUACCAACAGCUGGUCCUCACCAAACAGAAAUGUCCCGACCGCUUCAUGAGCUUGGAGUACAGCCCCGCCGGCAAGGAGUACGUCAGGCAGUUGGUCUACGUUGAGCAAUCAGGUUCUAGCCCCAAGAUGAAGGCGGGUUUGAGGCACAAAUAUUCUCCCAACCCCAUCGGUGGGUCCUACUCACUUCAACAUAGCCCUUGUCUGGUCCGUGACCAACGUCUGGAGAUCAAAUCUGGUGACUACAGCAGCAUGGAAGGGCCUGAUUUCUGCCCUGGUUCUACAAGUGGCCAAGUGACCCAGGCUGAGGACUCCAUGUCAUGGUCCAGCCAGCAGGACACUUUGUCCUCCACUGGUUACUCGCCCUCCACCAGAAAGAGGAAAAGCCGGAAGCCUUCCUUGUCUCAUGAACCCAACGCCGCCUCCACCGACGGCUCGGGGGACCGGGAGGUGUUGGGGGAGCAAAUGUUGGGUGAAGAACGAGCUGCCCCGGCACCCAACAGGUCACCCAUGAACCGUACCGAGAGCAAAGCGGUGGAGGCGGAGGCAGCACGGGGCUUCCCCGAGCCCUUCUUGGCCCAAGCUCGCCUGGCUUGGGAAGCCCAACAAGCUCACUACCACAUGAAGCAACGGAGCAGCUGGGACUCCCAGAAGGAUGGGUCGGGCUAUGAGAGCGAUGGUGCCCUCCCUUUGCCCAUGCCAGGUCCCGUGGUGAGAGCCUUCAGUGAGGACGAGGCGUUGGCACAGCAGGAGAACAAGCACUGGAAGAGAAACACCUUUGAGAAGUUGGGUUUCCCUCAGAUCCUGCUGGAGAAGAGCGUUUCCGUCCAAACCAACCUGGCUUCACCUGAGCCCUACCUGCAUCCAUCUCAGUCGGAGGACCUCGGUGCUUGCGCCCAGUUCGAGAGCAGCAGACAGACCAGGAACAUGAUGCCUAGUGCCAGCUGUGUCUUCCCCACCUUCAACCUACGGAAGCCCUCCUCAGAGACGGACAUUGAGAACUGGGCCUCCAAGCACUUCAACAAGCACACCCAGGGGCUCUUCCGUAGGAAGGUGUCCAUAGCCAACAUGCUGGCCUGGAGCAGCGAGUCCAUCAAGAAGCCCAUGAUCAUGACCAACGACCGGAACGUCAAGAAGGAAGCUUGUGAGAUCUUUAAACUGAUUCAGAUGUACAUGGGGGACCGGCGGGCCAAGACGGACCAGCUCAACGUGGCCUUGGAGAUCGCCACCAAAGGCUGGAGCAUGCAGGGGCUGAGAGAUGAGCUCUACAUCCAGCUGUGCCGGCAGACCACCGAGAACUUCCGUUAUGAGAGCCUGGCCAGGGGCUGGGAGCUCAUGGCCAUUUGUCUGGCUUUUUUCCCACCCACUCCCAAAUUCCAUUCCUACCUUGAAGGAUACAUUUACAGGCACAUGGAUCCAGUGAAUGACACCAAAGUUUUCCGGCACAUUCAAGAGCUCCUUGCCAGGACCCACCAGAAGAAGCCAAAAUUGAGAAAGAAACCGCGAGCCCCCAGCCCGCAGCACCAGGGGGUGGCCAUCAGCACUUACGCCAAGUACUGCUACAACAAGCUGCAGAAGGCAGCUCUGACAGGAGCCAAGAAGGGCUUGAAGAAACCCAACAUCGAGGAGAUCCGUCACGCCAAGAACGCCGUCUUCAACCCUUCCAUGUUCGGUAGCUCGCUGCAGGACAUCAUCUCCAUGCAGAAGGAGCGGUACCCUGACCGGCAGCUGCCCUGGGUGCAGACCCGCCUCUCCGAGGAGGUCCUGGCCCUCAACGGGGACCAGACCGAGGGCAUCUUCAGAGUCCCUGGUGACAUCGACGAGGUCAACGCUCUCAAGCUUCAGGUGGACCAAUGGAAGAUCCCCACCGGCUUGGAGGACCCCCACGUUCCUGCCUCUCUGCUGAAGCUGUGGUACCGGGAGCUGGAGGAACCUCUGAUCCCUCACGAGUUCUACGAGCAGUGCAUCACCCACUACGAGAACCCCGAGGCGGCCAUCGCGGUUGUCCACUCUCUGCCCAGGAUCAACAAGAUGGUGCUGUGCUACCUCAUCCGCUUCCUACAGGUGUUUGUGCAGCCAGCCAACGUGGCCGUCACCAAGAUGGACGUCAAUAACCUGGCCAUGGUGAUGGCCCCCAACUGCCUGCGCUGCCAGUCGGACGACCCGCGGAUCAUCUUCGAGAACACGCGCAAGGAGAUGUCCUUCAUCCGCGUCCUCAUCCAGCACCUCGACACCAGCUUCAUGGAGGGCGUCCUAUAGCAGCCGCCGCCCACCGGCCCCGCCCUGCCCCGCCCAGGAGUCCUCUCCCCUCCGACCCCAGCUGGGUUGAGGAGCGCAGAACCUGUGCUCCUCCAGGUUCCGCAAGGACCCCGCAGGAGGGUGCCAGGUGGCUCGUGCCCAUCUCCAUCCCCAUCCAACUUGUCCUACGGCAGGACAUGGGACGGUUCCUGAAGCCCCAUGGUGACCUUCUGGCCAUCUCACUGCCCGCCUCUUCGGAGGGACUGGCCGCUGGGGAGGUCUCCAGGGAUAGCAGCAUCCCCCUCGGGGAUGGCUGAUGUCUCCGGCCUGGGUGUCCCGUGUGGCUGUGGGUGGCGGCGGGUGACAAUGUGGAGGACCAGGGAGGUUGGAAGAAGAUGGAGGAGGAGACCCAUCCAAUGGGACCACGUCCCCGUCAACAGGAGCUCCACUAUCUCCAUUGGGGUUGGGUCUCUGGCUGAGAGCAGAGCUGUGGGGCAGCCGUGGGGCAGGGAGGACAUCCAGGGCCAGGAGAAGACAUCAGUGCUGAGCUGAGUUGGUGUCGAGUGCUUGGAGAACAUGGGACAUCAUGCACCAGAGAGUCCCAGUGCCAGGAGAGACCCAGCCCCAGCUGGGGGCAUCUGAUGGUGGAGCUGGGUGCUCCAAGGGGUGGGUGCUGGGGGGCACCUUAGGGAGUUGUGGUUGUCCCAAUCCAGGGUUGGUUGUCCACCAUGGGGUGCUGGAGGAGCUGGGCAGGGACCCAUCUCACCGUGUGUUGGCACCACCAGACCUGUCUCAGAACCCAUCAGGUCUGCUUGGCCUUGCUGGACUCAUCACAGGACACAUCAUCUGCUCCUGGCCUUUAAAGACCCAUCCUGACACCCAUCAUCUCUGCAUGGCCCUGCUGGACUCAUCUCGAUGGCCGUCAUCUUCAUUUGCUCCUGCCAGACCCAUCUUGGCUCCCAUCAUCUCCUCUUGCUCCUCCUGGACCUAUCUUGGUGCCCAUUAUCUCUGUUUGACCUUGCUGGGCCCAUCUUGGUGCCUGUCAUCUCCUGCUCCUGGUCAACCCAUCUUGGGUCAUCAUUUCCUGCUCCUCCUGGACCCAUCUUGGUGCCCACCCUCCUGCUCCUAGCCAGCC